CGCUUGCGCCAAGAAGGAGCCGCCGCCGGAGUCGUCUCGCUUAUGUCGCCGGUUUUCCCUCAACGGAGGACUUUUGAGGACUCUCGAUGACCAAGGGACUUCAAAAAUUUAAUAUCCCGGUAAAGGUUUGAUCUCCAAAAUUUUGCAUCCACGUGAAAUGAAUUAAAUUUUGUUUACCACUCAUCGUUUGCCAAAACUUCAGCAAAACAGAAAUGCAUCGAUCUCUCCUUGGAAAAAUAGUCAAGAGACAUUUCUCCAUGACUGCAGAACUUCUCAGCAAACAAUCAAGUAAAAGUGCUGAACAUCAUAAGAGGAGGAUAUUCUCUGGAAUCCAACCAACAGGGCAUUUGCACGCUGGCAAUUAUUUUGGAGCCAUUCGAAAAUGGAAGGAAUUGCAAGAUCAAGGAGAAGAUAUUAUCCUCAGCGUUGUUGAUUUGCACGCAAUCACGAUGAAACACGAACCAAAAGAGCUUUUAAAAAAUAAUUUAGCAUGCACAGCAUCGCUUCUAGCAAGUGGAAUUUGCCCCGAAAAGAGUGUAUUAUUUUUACAAUCGUCUGUGAGUCGUCACUCUGAACUGUGCUGGGUCCUCUGUUGCAUGACAACGAUGGCUCGUCUGGGACAUUUACCACAGUUUAAAGAAAAGUCGGCUUUAUGUGGCAAAGAAAUCCCCCUGGGUAUUUUCCUCUAUCCAGUUCUACAAACUGCAGAUAUUCUUCUCUAUAAAGCAACGCAUGUUCCUGUUGGCGAAGAUCAGUUGCCACACAUUUAUUUAGUACAAGAGUUAGCCAAAAAUUUUAACUCUCGGUAUGGGAAGACCUUUCCCCGGAUUGAGGCCAUGGUCGAAAAGAGUCAAUCUGGUCGGUUACGAAGUUUACGAAACCCUGAGAAGAAAAUGUCAAAGUCUGACCCUGAUCCUAAAAGCAGGAUAAACCUUUUGGAUGAACCUAAAGUGAUUUUGGAAAAAUGUAAAAAGGCCAUCACAGAUUUCACUUCCAAAGUUACUUACGAUCCUGAAAAUCGACGAGGAGUAGCAACUCUAAUUGACUUGGUUUCUCUUUGUACAGGCAAGACCCCUCAGCAGGUUUGUUCUGAAAAUGCUGACGUAGAUACCGCUAAAUUUAAGUUACGUGUUGCUGACGUUUUAAUUGAAUAUUUAACUCCCAUAAGACAAGAGUAUGAUAGGAUAGUGAAAGAUCCAGGCUAUGUUCAAAAAGUGUUGGACAAUGGUGCUUGUCGAGCACAUUCAAUAGCUGAUAAAACUUGGGCUGAAGUGAGAAAUAAAGUUGGGCUAAACCUUGCUUAAGGUCAAUUUUUGUAGCAAAAUUAAUGUCAAAUAAAUUCAAAGGCAAAGAAAAACAAAGAAACUAUUUAUUUAUAAAAUUAACAAAUCUGGUACAAAUGUGUAAAUAAUACAAGCUUAUAACUAUAAGACCAUUAAGUUGGCUCAUUAAUUUUCAA